UCAAGAAUUUAAUUUGGGUUGUCUUGAACGAUUUAUCCUUUAAUAUUUAUUAGUAAUUAUUUGAGUCUUAAAGAAUAAUAUUUCAUACUGAAUACUUGUGAAAAUAUUUGGUUAUGAUAGAAAAAAAAAGAAGAGAAAUUAGUUAUAUUUGUAUUGAAGACAAUUGUGCGUGUGAGGUGGCAAGAACUCCGUAGUUUGAUUAAAUCUCAAAAGCUCUGUUUGGCUACCAAAACCAAAGAUUAAGAUACAAACCUAUGAUCAGUUGUGAGUUUUUUGUUUUGUUACGAAGAUCAGUUAUUAUUACUCACACACACUAUAGUUGUAUUUGCAUGGCUUAAUUGUCCAUAAAUUAUGGUUUAAGAAAUUAAUCAUCCUACAAUGAAUGAAUGAUUUCUUGAUGAUUGAGUGAUGAUGAUGAUAGGAUUAAGAAAACAUACAUUAAGAAGUCCUACGUUGAUCAUUGUAUUGGCUUCUGUUGUGUGUUUUGUUAUGUUUUUUACAGUUUAUGUUUAUACAUCAACAAGAAGAACAAAUCCAGAUAAAUGUAACUUUUAUUCCUCUCAAGGUUGUCGUACACAUGAUCUGUUUCCAAAUGCUAAUUUUUCGAGGGAAUUAACUGAUCUAGAGAUUGAAUCUCGUGUUGUUGUUAAAGAUUUACUCGCCUUUUGUCCUCUUCAAAGUAAAACACCUAAGGUUGCAUUUAUGUUCUUGACUCCUGGUACAUUGCCUUUCGAGAAACUCUGGCAUCUGUUCUUUCAAGGGCAUGAGGGAAAAUUUUCAAUUUAUAUACAUGCAUCCAAAGAAAAACCAGUACAUACAAGCAAAUAUUUUGUUGGUCGAGAAAUUCACAGCGAACCGGUGAGUUGGGGAAGUUUUGCAAUGAUUGAGGCAGAAAGAAGACUUUUGGCGAACGCACUUUUAGACCCUGAUAACCAACAUUUUGUUUUGCUAUCUGAUAGUUGUAUACCUAUACGUCGCUUUGAAUUUGUGUACGACUACUUAUUGUUUACAAAUGUCAGUUUCAUUGAAUGCUAUAUUGAUCCUGGCCCUCAUGGUAAUGGCCGAUAUAUAGAGCAUAUGUUGCCUGAAGUAGAAAUAAAGGAUUUUCGAAAGGGUUCGCAGUGGUUCUCAAUGAAGCGGCAGCAUGCUAUUAUAGUUAUUGCAGAUAGUCUCUAUUUCACGAAAUUCAAGUAUUACUGCAGGCCAAAUAUGGAGGGAGGACGCAACUGUUAUUCGGAUGAGCAUUACUUACAAACGUAUUUUAAUAUGCUUGAUCCACGUGGAAUUUCGAAUUGGUCGGUAACAUAUGUUGAUUGGUCUGAAGGAAAAUGGCACCCUAGAUCUUUCCGUGGUCAAGAUGUUACAUUUCGACUCAUUAAAGCCUUAUCAUCCAUUAAUGGAAGUCCACACAUUACAAGUGAAUCAAAGAGAACAGUGUUGAUGACACCUUGCAUGCGGAACGGGUCGAGACGACCUUGUUAUUUAUUUGCCAGGAAGUUUUAUCCAGAUGCCUUGGAUAAAUUGAUGUACCUUUACUCAAAUACUACUGCUUUCCAAAGUAUCUUCAAUUCAUAAUCAUUUUUUGUUAAUCAACAGCAUAUGAUUAUGAUCCUUAUAGCCUUACCUUGGCUCUUGCACAUAACAAAUUUGGUUUUGCCAAGUUCCACAAUCCAGAUGCAACUUGAUAGAAUUCUAAGGGGAGACAAAGAAACUGAUUCAAUCAAACAUUUCAAUUGGCUGAGCCUUGACAAAGUUGUUCUGCUAGCUUUCCUAGAUAGUUUGAAGUUCUUAUUUUACAUUUUUUGUGAUUAUUUGUUUAGCAACACUUUGGAUUUUCUUGUUGGUAUCUAAACUUUGGUGCUUCUCAACAUGUUACUGUCAGUUCCCUAACAUCCAACAACUCUCUCCAUUUGAAGGCCUAACUCUAACCAAAUAUUCAUUGGUAAUGGCCAGUGUUUGUGUUGGACAAUUGAGGGGAGCUUUGUUGGAUUGAAUUGACAUACUACUGGGACUUGAGUAACUAUAUAAC